AUGGAGGAAGCACCACGCUUUGCCGGCAUGACCGGCCAAAAGCUGUCUCUAGCCGUCUCUACUGUAGCGACAUGCGGCUUUUUACUUUUCGGAUAUGAUCAGGGUAUUAUGUCCGGCAUCAUCAGCGCCGAGCCUUUCAACGCAGCUUUCCCAGAGACAAAAGACGACUCUACAAUGCAAGGCUUGGUCACAGCUAUCUAUGAAGUCGGCUGCUUGGCCGGCGCCAUGAGCAUCAUCUGGGCUGGUGAUGCGCUCGGUCGUCGCAAAUCCAUUAUGCUUGGGGCAUUCGUUAUGGUGAUUGGCGUGAUUAUCCAGGUCACUUCAAUGCCGGGUCAUGAAGCGCUGGCUCAGUUCAUUAUCGGACGAGUUGUUACGGGGAUUGGGAAUGGAAUGAACACUUCCACAAUUCCCACCUAUCAAGCUGAAUGUUCUCGUACCUCGAAUCGAGGGCUCUUAAUUUGUAUUGAAGGUGGUACGAUUGCGUUCGGCACCCUUAUCUCAUAUUGGAUUGAUUUUGGUGCUUCGUACGGACCGGAUGACUUGACUUGGAGGUUCCCCAUCGCGUUCCAAGUCGUCUUUGGGGUUUUCAUCAUUGUUGGAAUGUGGUUCAUGCCUGAAUCGCCGAGAUGGCUUUGCAUGCACGAUCGAACAGAAGAGGGAGAAGCGGUUAUUGCCGCCCUUCAAGGCAAGCCGAUAGCUCACAAUGAUGUUCAACUGCAAAAGACGAUCGUUCUCGACUCUAUCAAGGCGUCCGGGCAAGGAGGCAAGCCCGCGCCGCUAAAGGAGGUGUUCACCCAUGGUAAAACGCAACAUUUCCGCAGAAUGCUUUUGGGCGUGUUGUCUCAGAUCAUGCAGCAAAUUGGUGGCUGUAACGCCGUAAUCUAUUACUUCCCUAUCCUAUUUGAAAAUUCGAUAGGUGAAACCCAUGCCAUGUCCAUGCUCCUUGGCGGUGUGAACAUGAUUGUCUACUCCAUUUUCGCCACCACCUCAUGGUUCCUUGUUGAGCGUGUUGGACGCCGAAAGCUCUUCUUAAUUGGUGCCGCUGGCCAAUGCCUCUCCAUGGUCAUCACAUUUGCCUGCCUGAUACCUGAUACCCCGGCUACUGCCAGAGGAGCCGCUGUCGGUCUCUUUACGUAUAUCGCAUUUUUCGGUGCCACGUGGCUUCCAUUGCCCUGGCUUUAUCCUGCCGAGAUCUCACCCAUCAAGACGCGAGCUAAGGCCAACGCCUUGUCGACUUGCUCCAAUUGGCUGUUCAACUUUGCCAUUGUCAUGGUGACUCCUGUCAUGCUUGACGGUAUCGGCUGGGGAACAUACCUUUUCUUCGCUGUCGCUAACGCAUGCUUUGUGCCGAUCAUCUACUUCUUCUUCCCCGAGACGGCUCGGCGCAGCCUUGAGGAGAUUGAUUUUAUUUUCGCCAAAGGUUUCUCAGAGAAUAUAAGCUACGUUAGUGCGGCGAAGCAGUUGCCGCACUUGAAUGAGCAAGAGAUUCGAGAAAUGAUGUUGCAAUACGGUUUGGCGAGAAAUGAUUCGAAUAACGUCACCGGAAACGGACCCGGAUCUGGAUUUGGGUCAUACGGCGAAUUUGAAAAGCAUGAUGGCGCUGGACUGGAAAGCUUUGAAAACAGCAGCGGCGACAGCACUCCCGUGAAUCGCGAGGGAGAGGGAAAAAUGGCGUAG